GUCUACCACAAUGCUCAGCGAGACAAACUCAGUAGUGACAUCACCGGCCGACCUUUCGAUGGCUAACAUGCUAGACUCGGAAUUGCGAGUUGGACAAUCCCUAGGCUCGAAUCUACGGCCAGCCUGAUCGAUACCUCGAUGCUCGAGAACCAACUCCCACCACAACAACAACCACAACCACAGCCUUGUCGCUGUCACUGCGGCAAGGUCUUCAGUCGACCGGAAAACCUCGCGAGGCACGCUCGGAAUCGUACGUCGUCCUCGCUCUUAGCCAAGGUGCUGAAAAGGUCGAAACAUGGGCACGCGAGCUGAGUCUGAGGAGUCGACGUUGUAUUGUAUACAAUCAGACGAUACGGUCAGACCGUUCAGAUGCUUGGCUCCCGGUUGCGGCAAGGCUUUCACCCGAUCAGAUCUGCUCAGGCGGCACGGACAGCUUCACGGGGAUCAGGAGGAGACCGGCCGGUUAGAGGGGGCCAACAAGAGGGCUGCUUCGUCGACGUUAGAUGAGCCUAUGGGAAAGCGUCUCGCUCUCGAAGAUCCCUCUCGACCCUCGAUCGACCUCGACGGGACGUUUGUAUCGCACCCGACUUUGGCUCUGGGCGUCGAUCGAUUGGUACCGGAACUCGAGCCUCGAGACGGCCCCGAUGAGGAAGAGGACGAUGAAGGCCUAGGACCGCUCUUGCCGGACGACUUGUUGCCAUGGGACAACGGGAUGAUGUGGUUCUUGAACGAUUCCUGGUCGAUCUGUCCGAUCGAAGAACCGCAGGUCGGGUCGGAUACGGUCCAGGUGGAAAGUCGAGCGGCGACCCCACCGAUCGAGAGUAGCGACGAGGACAAGUGGCCUACGAAUUGGGAUGCUCGUGGGAGGAUCCCGUUCGGAGCCGGGGCAACGAUCCCGUCCAUCCUGCCAGCAGACUUUGAGGGUAUUCACGGUAGAUGGGGCCGGUUCUGGAUCUCGGAGACGCUACUGGCGCGGAUACAGCAGAGCUUGACCGUAGCUACGAAGGCACCCGGAGCGGAUCUAUCGGGAUUCAGGAUGCCCGAAUCGCUCGACCUGAUCAAUCACUUUGUGUCUCUGUACUUUGACAAGUUUGAGGCGCAGAUGCCGAUCAUCCAUCUCCCGACUUUUCGUAUCGACGAGGCCGAUCCGCUGCUCGUCGCCUCGAUGAUCUCGCUCGGAGCCACGUUCUCUCGGCUUCCUGGAUCCAAGACGUUCUCGACCGAGCUGGUCGAAGUCGUUCGCAGAUGCAUCAACGUGUUGUUUGAACUGGACAGUGCGAACCUGCGCAGCGUCGACCUGGUCCACGUCUCGAUGCUGUCUUGCAUUUCAGGAUUGUUGAGUGGGACCAAGCGGAGCUACGAGAUGGCAGAGGCGGCCCGAGGUGUCUUGGUUACCCUCUGUCGACGAGCCGACCUGCUGAACUCGUCGUCCUCGUUGAGGCAGCUCGCGCUCACGGACAACGGUGGCACCGAUCCGUCGGGACGCUGGCUCAGGUGGGCUCGCGCAGAAAGUCGUAAACGCUUAGGGACCUGCAUAUGUCUGCUCGACUCGAUGUUCCCGGCCAUGCACGACACUCCAGCGUACAUCUCGCAGGGACAGAUGACGGGCGUGGUGCUUCCGUGUGACGAGGUCUACUGGCAGGCCACCUCGGCUAGGAUGUGGACCGACUCGCUGGGGAUCGCGGGCAUCCCGCCGUCGCCUUUAUUCGCCUCUGCCAUCUCUGCCAUCCUUACACCUAUACGGAUACCGCGCGAACUUCGUCCCGCACCCAUUCGAUCGCUCAGUCCGUUCGGAGGGCUCGUCUUGAUAAGCGCGCUGCAGCAUCAUAUCUUUGAGUACGGCGCGCAAUCGGACGUCUACCAUUCGAUCGGGGUUCACGUGCCCGUGUUAUCAGAGGUCGAGGGCUCCCAUGGCGGCUUCGAGGGCAGACGCAAGUGGCUGCGACAAUCGCUCGAGUCUUGGCGUACACAUUAUCACAACGGCGAUGAAGCCGAUCCGAUGGUUCGGGCUGGUCAAGUGCUCUAUCACGUGGGUCAUAUCGCUCUCGCGGUCAAUAUCCGCGUCUUGUUCACCGCGGCAGGAAAGAUGGGAUGGGAGACGGCGCGCCGUUCUCUGCCGGAUCUGGAAGCUUGGGCAGGGACCGGACAGGCCGAGGUGGCGACGAAGCAUGCUCUCGAUCUAUUGGACGUGCUUGCAGCGCCGGGCUCGGUCGACCUGUUUUACCUGCCAGGAAGCGCUUUCAUCGCCGUGCUAGCGCUAUGGGCUGCUCGCAAGAAAGGUUCGAUACCAAGUCCGGCAUCGCUCGAACGCAUGAUCCGACUAGGUAUGCACGUGCACUAGGACGCUUGCGCGGCCAACGCCAAAGCCGUACUCGAGUUUGGCGUCGGGUUCUUGGAAUCGUUCAAGGCAUGGAGAUUCGGGACGGCGUUGGCGUUGGUUCUCGCCAAACAGCUCGAGAAGGAGGAGGCCGAUGACUUUGUCGGAAUUGGUUCUGGCUGAAAACGAUAGAUCCGGGCGAUGUCAUUUUCCAGCCAUGUAUAGCGAAGACGAUGCCGAUCUUCACGAGACCAUGCGACGAUGUCGCGCACACUCUGCC